AUGCUUAUCGGAAACAUAAUUGCAGAGAUAAAGGACCCACCAAAACGAUCUAAAAACAAUGACAUCCCUGUGGACUAUUCAUGUACUCCAGAAGAAGUGCAGCAGCAUUUCCAGUCAUGUGGAACUGUAAACAGAGUCACCAUCCGAACUGAUAAGUUUGGCCAACCAAAGGGCUAUGCUUACGUAGAGUUUCUUGAAGUGCAGGCUGUUCAAGAAGCUCUUUCGCUGAAUGAAUCUGAACUACACGGGCGUCAAUUGAAGGUUACUGCUAAGAGGACCAAUAUACCAGGGAUGAAGCAAUAUCGUCCUCGCCGGCCUAAUCCUUACCAGGGGUUUCGAGGCAGAGCCCCGUAUGCACCUCCUUUUGCUUAUGCUCCUUUUGGAUAUGGAAAAGUUCCGAGGUUUAGAAUGGGAAUGCGCUAUAGUCCCUACUAUUAAUUAUGCUGAAUCAGAACUUUUGUCUAAUGGAUGGAAGGACAUAACCUACUCCUUGUUCUAGUGUCAUGGCUGAUGCAGGCCAUUCAGCAUGAGGGAACGAACAGUACGACCACCGAUUUAGCAGCAAACCCUGUAAGCUUACGAUUUAUUCUUCUGCAUUUUUUUUAUAUUUGACAUAUAUAUUCAAAGGUUCUUUGUAAAAGUAUCUGUUAAAAAAUUUUAAUGUAUGGGAUUUUCAGUUGCUUUUUUUCUUCUCUCAAA